GCCAACAAGGCAACAAACACCGCCCCCCUCUUCACUCCCCCUACCUGCAGCCCACGCCAAGCCGACAGGGCCGCGUCGAUCACCGACCACGCGACCGGCACAGGCAUUGACGGCACCACCAGCAUGGUGGUGAACAACAAGGUGGACAGCCUGUCCUACGACGUCGAGGCGCCGCCCCAGGGCGCCCCGGCGACGGCGCCACCGCCGGCGCCGGCGCCGGCUCGUCACCACGCGCCCGCGCCGCCCGCGGUGCGGGAGGGCGCGGCGGUGCUGGAGCUGCACAAGGUGUCGCUGCCGGAGCGCCGGUCGACGGCGAGGGCGCUGCGGCAGCGCCUGGCGGAGGUGUUCUUCCCGGACGACCCGCUGCACCAGUUCAAGAACCAGUCCUCGGCACGGCGCCUGGUGCUGGCGCUCCAGUACUUCUUCCCCAUCUUCCAGUGGGGGUCCGCCUACAGCCCCCGCCUCCUCCGCUCCGACCUCGUCGCCGGCCUCACCAUUGCCAGCCUCGCCAUCCCGCAGGGAAUCAGCUACGCCAAGCUCGCCAACCUGCCCCCAAUCAUCGGCCUAUAUUCCAGCUUCGUGCCGCCGCUGAUCUACUCACUGCUGGGGAGCUCGCGGGACCUGGCGGUCGGGCCGGUGUCCAUCGCGUCGCUGGUGAUGGGGUCCAUGCUCCGGGAGGCCGUCUCGCCGGACGAGGAGCCCAUCCUGUACCUGCAGCUCGCCUUCACCUCCACCUUCUUCGCCGGCGUCUUCCAGGCGUCCCUCGGCUUCCUCAGGCUGGGCUUCAUCGUGGACUUCCUGUCCAAGGCGACGCUGACCGGCUUCAUGGGCGGCGCGGCCAUCAUCGUGUCGCUGCAACAGCUCAAGGGCCUGCUCGGCAUCGUCCACUUCACCUCCCACAUGGGCUUCGUCGACGUCAUGCGCUCCGUCUUCAAGCGCCACGACGAGUGGGAAUGGCAGACCAUCACCAUGGGCACCGCCUUCCUCGCCAUCCUCCUCCUCACUCGCCAAAUCAGUGCGAGGAAUCCAAAACUUUUCUGGAUAUCAGCAGGUGCUCCCCUGACCUCGGUGAUCAUCUCCACCAUCCUCUCCUUCAUCUGGAAAUCACAUAGCAUCAGCGUUAUUGGCAUCCUCCCCAGGGGAGUGAACCCUCCUUCAGCUAACAUGCUCACCUUCAGCGGCUCCUACGUGGCGCUGACGAUCAAGACCGGCAUCAUGACUGGAAUCUUGUCCCUAACUGAAGGGAUUGCAGUAGGCAGGACGUUCGCGUCGAUCAACAACUACCAGGUGGACGGCAACAAGGAGAUGAUGGCCAUCGGGAUCAUGAACAUGGCCGGCUCCUGCGCGUCCUGCUACGUGACCACGGGCUCCUUCUCUCGGUCGGCGGUGAACUACAGCGCCGGCUGCAAGACGGCGGUGUCGAACAUCGUGAUGGCGGCGGCGGUGCUGGUGACGCUGCUGUUCCUGAUGCCGCUGUUCCACUACACCCCGAACGUGAUCCUGUCGGCGAUCAUCAUCACGGCGGUGGUCGGGCUGAUCGACGUCCGCGGCGCCGCCAAGCUGUGGAAGGUGGACAAGCUGGACUUCCUGGCGUGCAUGGCGGCGUUCCUCGGCGUGCUCCUCGUGUCCGUCCAGAUGGGGCUCGCCAUCGCCGUCGGCAUCUCGCUGUUCAAGAUCCUGCUGCAGGUGACGCGCCCCAACAUGGUGGUCAAGGGCCUCAUCCCCGGGACGCAGAGCUACCGCAGCGUGGUGCAGUACAGGGAAGCCGUCCGGGUGCCGUCGUUCCUCAUCGUCGGCGUCGAGUCGGCGAUCUACUUCGCCAACUCCUUGUACCUCGUCGAGAGGGUCAUGCGCUUCCUCCGCGACGAGGACGAGAGGGCGCUCAAGUCCAACCAGAGCUCCAUCCGAUGCGUCGUCCUCGACAUGAGCGCCGUCGCGGCGAUCGACACCAGCGGUCUCGACGCGCUGUCGGAGCUGAAGAAAGUCCUGGAAAAAAGAAACAUCGAGCUGGUGCUCGCCAACCCGGUCGGAUCUGUCGCCGAGAGGAUGUUCAACUCGGCGGUGGGCGAGCUGUUCGGGUCGGAUCGCCUGUUCUUCAGCGUAGCGGAGGCCGUCGCGGCGGGGGCGGGCAAGGCGCAGCCCUGACGCAGGUGCCGGCGUCGGUAGGCCAGCAGCAAGCAGGUGCCCCACGCCAUAGAUGAUGCAUGGGGCACGGGUCCUCUGACCAGCAGAAGCAGUAGAAACAAGUGCUUCUCGGAGGAGGCUAAACUAGUUGUGUUCUUGUGUUGGAUGAUUGGAUUAGGGGAGAUUGAGGGAGACCGAUGGUAGGGGCAGGAAUAACGUGACGCCGGCAUGCUGAUGUGAUGGCCUCUUCCCAUCGAGGGGAGGAGUUUUUGAAGGAUGAAUGUGUAGCUGUUGCUGUAGUUCCUCUCAAGUAAUGGAAAAGGAAUAUGGUUCUCUAGCAA